ACUCUACACUACGUCAAUCGCGAUUCAAGUAAACAGUGCUUCGACAUGGCAUUCCUUAUCCCUUCAUUGCCAUCUUGGCUAGCAUCUCCCGGCCCAUCAAGUCCGAACACUGUCUUGUCUGAAAAGAUGUCAACCACUCCGCAAGAUGAUGUCAACGCCGACGAGGAUGCACCUCCUCAGUUCCCUCUUCCCGAUUCGGCCCAACGGUCCAGAGCGUCGGGGACGACCGAAACCCCCGUACCGACGUUCGAGAUCGAGGUCGACGAGCCCGAGGACGAAGAAGACGAGUACGAUGGACCCCCUACACCUCGUGCGGGUGCCAAAUCGCUCCCUGCCACAUCCGUCGCUGCAGUACCGGCUUCCCUUCCACUUCCACCAUCAACAACGACAAAACCCAAUCCGGCCAUCAAGAAGCGUCAAAAAGUCGCCCUCGCCCCAGGUUGUUCCCCCUUGGACUGGGCAAAACUGAAAUCUAGCGGAAAAGAUCUUCGAGGCCCGUGCGCCGCUCCCGGAUUCGGAUACUUGAGGGUGACAAUGGACGAACUGAAGAAGCAUAAUACCAAGGGAGACGCUUGGUCCGCUUUCAAUGGCAAGGUGUACAACAUGUCGGAGUAUGCGAGGUUCCAUCCGGGUGGAGAAAAGGAGAUGAUGAGGGUCGCGGGGAGGGAUGGGACGAGAUUAUUCAUGCUCACACACGCCUGGGUCAAUGUCGAUUUCAUGCUCGACAACUGCAUGGUCGGGUUCCUCGUGCCCGGUUAGAGCGAUCGCAGGGAAUCUCACAGAUAUAGAUGACUUUACGACGCUUUCACGACCCGUAACGACAAUAUACCAUUUCUGAACA